UAUACAUCAGGCAAAGUACCGAAGGCGUUCAAAAUUAUUCCUCACCUCUCCAAUUGGGAAGAAAUCCUUUAUUUCACGCAACCAGAGAAGUGGUCGCCCAACGCCAUGUAUCAAGCCACUCGGUUGUUCGCCUCCAAUCUAAAUGCGAAAAUGGCACAACGGUUUUACAACUUGGUCCUGCUUCCAAGAGUAAGGAAUGAUAUCAACGAGAAUAAAAGACUGCAUUUCGCGUUGUAUCAGGCUCUCAAGAAGGCAGUGUACAAGCCCGCAGCCUUUUACAAGGGCAUUUUACUUCCUCUUUGCCAGGGGUUGGCUGGGACUACUGAUCUAUCCCUGUCAUAUAUUGUGCUAGGCGGCGAAAUUGUUUCUUUCGGGACGGAAAAGCGAAAGCGGAUCCGGCCCGCCGACGUGGCUGCGAUAGUGGGCUGCCAGCAGCUCGCUGUGCGCCACGUGUCUCUUGAUCUUGAUUGGCAUCGGUGCCAGGAAAGCCACUUGGGGGGUCAAGUCCAUUUCAGCGCCAUUCUGGUUGAUACAUCGGAAAAAGGUCUGAGCGGAAAGAUUCUGAAGGAAGCCAAAGAGCAGCAGCGAGAAAUGCAGCAUGAACGGGAUGAAGAGAGAGGGGCUGUCGCUGCCCGAAAGGCAUUUGCUGCGGUUGCUGCUGGACAGCUGAACGCAGAGAGCAGUGAUAGCGAGGAUGAAGAUGCUUAUGACCCAUACAGGGAUGAUGACCACUAUGAUGAAGAAGUGGUGGAAAUCUCUGCUGAGGAUGAAAAGGCAAUGGCAAUGUUUUUGGCGACGGACGCCAAACCUCAGAGGACUCUUGCCGAUAUUAUCAUGGAGAAGAUUCGAGAGAAAGAGGCCAAAAUAUCUCAUGAGAUGGAGGAAGGUAGGGUGGCGGUGAGUGUUGGAAAGAUUUUGCACCGGUAUACAUCAGGCAAAGUACCGAAGGCGUUCAAAAUUAUUCCUCACCUCUCCAAUUGGGAAGAAAUCCUUUAUUUCACGCAACCAGAGAAGUGGUCGCCCAACGCCAUGUAUCAAGCCACUCGGUUGUUCGCCUCCAAUCUAAAUGCGAAAAUGGCACAACGGUUUUACAACUUGGUCCUGCUUCCAAGAGUAAGGAAUGAUAUCAACGAGAAUAAAAGACUGCAUUUCGCGUUGUAUCAGGCUCUCAAGAAGGCAGUGUACAAGCCCGCAGCCUUUUACAAGGGCAUUUUACUUCCUCUUUGCCAGUCCAGAACGUGUAAUUUGCGUGAGGCUGUGAUUAUCGGGAGUGUGAUUCAGAAAGUAUCGAUACCAGUUCUUCAUUCAAGUGUGGCGCUGAUGAAGAUUGCAGAGAUGGAGUACUCGGGCACCAACAGUUACUUCAUCCGGUUGUUGCUCGACAAGAAAUAUGCAUUGCCGUAUCGUGUGCUAGAUGCAUUGGUGAAGCAUUUCAUGCAGUUCACUCAAGAAGAGAGAGAGCUGCCUGUUGUAUGGCACCAAGCCCUGCUUUGCUUUAUCCAAAGGUUUAAGAAUGAGUUGACUCCAGAAGAUAAGGAGAAUCUGAAGCGUCUGAUGAAGACGCACAAACACUACCUGGUCACCCCUGAGAUCCAUCGAGAGCUUCUGCACAGCAGAGACAGAGGGCAGCAAGAAGAUCCAUCGUCGAAUGGUGCAAGAGCGAGCAUCAGGACGGCAGCAAUGGAUGAGGAUGUUCGGGACUUUCCUCCUGUGGACUUCAUGGAGGACUAUUGACUUCUCAUGUAUAGAUCAUCAUCAUUCAUUGGACGGUGUAAUCCCCAGUGUACUUGGCCUGCCACGUCAGUGGCGUUUCCUUGCCUGCCUGCCUGCCUGCCUGCUUGCAGGAGGAUGCUGAGCUUUGACUAGCAGCCCAGUUGUUGCUGGUGGAUAUCCUUCUCCUAUUGGUGUUGGCAAUGCAACCCACGCCUCCCGAUUGGCGUUGUAUUCUUCUCCGAUUGGUGUGUUGUUGCUAUUGCCGGUUGCGUCGAGGACGCCGAGGACGCCAAGGACGGCAAGGACCACCUUCGCGACUCUUUAGAGUCUGUACUGUGAAGAAGAAGAAGAGAAGCUGGGGGGGUAGGUGGUGCAUUCUGUGGACGGUGAUGAGCAAUAGGCGGUGCUGUGUGACCGAGGUGAGGGAAGAUGGCUGGCACUUGCGCUCACUGAGUGAGUCAUGAGGCUUAUGACUCCAACACAGAGUAAAUUAGUUAAAUCUUAGCGUUUAGGCAUUCGUACGAGUGCGUGGUUUGUAGGGCGAGGGCUCGCGAUACCUAGAAACAGAACCAACAGGUUAUAAUACCGCUAGAUAAAUGCAUACUCUCACAUUGGGUACCGGAGCGGAGUUAAGGCCAUAUCCGUUCAGAAAUGUCCUUGUGUGUGAGUACGUCUGAAGUCUAGCGUUCAAACUUCAAAUUGAUGGGCUGGGUGUCUUUGUCUGUCAGUGAGCGCAGGCAAAGAACAAAUGUGGAGAACAGAGCUUCCAGCAUGUGCUUUCCGGCACCCAGAUGCACACGAAGCAGAGGAGAGAUGGAGAGGGAGGCGGAGGAACCGGGCGGCAAGUGCAGAGUUGAGGGGGUAUAAAUCGGCGACAGCGCGGGAAUAGUCAACGAGUUGGCAGAGAUGGAGAGGGAGGCGGAGGAACCGGGCGGCAAAUGCAGAGUAGAGGGGGUAUAAAUCGGCGACAGCGCGGGAAUAGUCAAUGAGUUGGCAAAUGCAGAGUAGAGGGGGUAUAAAUCGGCGACAGCGCACGGAUAGUUCGACGGCAUGGCAUGCUAGCAAGAGGCAAGAAGGUUAAUGAGUUGGCUGGCUCGUUUUUUCCCUUCUGUAAUCCAUGUCGGCAAUGAGAAAAGAGUUCCGCUUGUUCUGUUCAUUCAAUUGCUUUGUCAUCGUGGUUUUGAUGCUGCAACAGUUUUUGUUCUUUUACACUCUCCUGAACCUCCUCAACACCUCCCUGCUGCCCCCCACCCCCCCUUCACACUCCUUCGCCGAUCGCCUUUUCUCGGCCUUCCAUUCCCCUGCCCCCUCUUCUCUCUCUCCUCUUCUCUCCUCUCUUUUUUGGCUCCGAAGCAGCUUUUCCAGCUUGCCAGCUUUUGCCUUUAAGUUUUCUGGAAAACCGCAGCUUCAUCGUCCUUCACCCCUCGUUUACACUAAACCCUUUUUUGUCUGCUAGUGUUGGCUUGAUUAAUAAAUUGUGGUACCUUCUUCCCCGAAGCUCAACACCUGGGCCUCAAGUCUGCAUCUAGCUGGGAACAUGGCGCACAUAUGUUCGUGAUGACUGGGCGUUGUGUUAGGGGGAAGAAGGUAGUUGGCGCAGUUGCGUUUUUCUUCCUUCUUUGUGUACAAUGAUCCAUUUGAAGCUCAAAAUUUGUCGUCUUCCAAACCCUGAUGGGAACUGAAUUCUCUGCUGGCCACCAGUCAGCUGUGGUCUUAUGUUCUGUUUCGACCUGGUUUCAACCUGGUUUAGACCUCUGGUUUAGACCUCUGGUUUAGAAACGUGCAUAUCGCUGGGGUGCUUCAAAAGAAUGAGACGUGCAGUGGGUGUU